CAAAGUCCAAGUCGGUUGUGUUCACCUGCUGGGAGGAAAUACGUCUUCUUCAAAACUUUCCCCUGUUAGAACGGCUAUUAAGGUGGAACGUGUGUGUGUGAGCUGAUGUGGAUUCAUCAACAUGGAUCAAUGUGAGACCAGAGAGGAGGAAGUCCCUCCCUCUAAAACUACUCUGUGUGAAGACCAUGAAAGCCAGGUCAAAGUUCAGAGGCUUCAUCAGAGAGUCAAAAAUAAGAAUGAAUCUGAACCCAGUUCUGUGUCCUUAAGCAGCGACAUAUCCAUGCAUCACAUCCUUGAGUUCUCAUCCAAACAUCCUUCUGCUUCAACAAGAGCCGAUGGGAGGAAGGAUGUUCCCAGUGAUUAUUGCGGCCGGCAGGAUCAAACACAACUGGACUCCAUAUUCACGCUGCUGGAGGACAAUAUUAUCGAUUUUGUGAGGAAGGAGCUCAAGAUAAUCCAGAAGUUUCUGAGCACUGACCGUCCAGAGCUCAUUGUGGGUCAGAGGGAGGAUGAAGAGGUGCUGGAAGGUGAUGAUGAAGAGCAGAGAAGGAACAACAGUAAAGCAUUAGUGAAGAUCGUCCUGAAUUUUCUGAAGAGGAUGCAGCAGGAGGAGCUGUCUGUCUGUCUGCAGAGCAAACACUGUGCUGCUGUUUGUGAGGCUAAACAUAAAUCUGCUGUGAAGAAGAGGUUCCAGUGUGUGUUUGAGGGGAUUGCUAAAGCAGGAAGUCCAACCCUACUGAGCCAGAUCUACACAGAACUCUACAUCACAGAGGGAGGGACUGGAGAGGUCAAUGAGGAACAUGAGAUCAGACAGAUUGAAGCAGCAUCCAGGAAACCACACAGACCAGAAACAACUAUCAGACAAGAAGACAUCUUUAAAGUCCCACCUGGAAGAGAUCAACCAAUCAGAACAGUGAUGACAAAGGGAGUGGCUGGCAUUGGGAAAACAGUCUUAACCCAGAAGUUCACUCUGGACUGGGCUGAAGGCAAAGCCCACCAGAACAUCCAGUUCAUAUUUCCAUUUACCUUCAGAGAGCUGAAUGUGCUGAAAGAGAAAAGGUUCAGCUUGGUGGACCUUGUUCAUCACUUCUUUACUAAAACCAAAGAAAUCUGCAGCUUUGAACACUUCCAGGUUCUGUUCAUCUUUGAUGGUCUGGAUGAGAGUCGACUUCCUCUGGACUUCCAGAACCAGGAGAUCCUGACUGAUGCUACAGAGUCCACCUCAGUGGAUCUUCUGCUGACAAACCUCAUCAGGGGAAAACUGCUUCCCUCUGCCCGCAUCUGGAUAACCACACGACCUGCAGCAGCCAAUCAGAUCCCUCCUGAGUGUGUUGACAUGGUGACAGAGGUCAGAGGGUUCACUGACCCUCAGAAGGAGGAGUACUUCAGGAAGAGGUUCAGAGAUGAGGAGCAGGCCAGGAGGGUCAUAUCCCACAUGAAGACAUCAAGAAGCCUCCACAUCAUGUGCCACAUCCCAGUCUUCUGCUGGAUCACUGCUACGGUUCUGGAGGACGUGUUGGAGACCAGAGAGGGAGGAGAGCUGCCAAAGAUGCUCACUGAGAUGUACAUCCACUUCCUUCUGGUUCUGUUCAAAGUGAAGAAGGUCAAGUAUGAUGGUGGAGAUGCGACAGAUCCACACUGGACCCCAGAGAGCAAGAAGAUGAUUGAUUCUCUGGGAAAACUGGCUUUUGAUCAGCUGCAGAAAGGAAACCUGAUCUUCCAUGAAUCAGACCUGACAGAGUGUGGCAUCGAUAUCAGAGCAGCCUCAGUGUACUCAGGAGUGUUCACUCAGAUCCUCAGAGAGGAGAGAGGAGGACUGUUCCAGGACAAGGUGUUCUGCUUCAUUCAUCUGAGUGUUCAGGAGUUUCUGGCUGCUCUUCAUGUUCAUCUGACCUUCAUUAACUCUGGUGUCAACCUUCUGGAAGAAAGACAAACUUUUCUCUGGUUGUGGUGGUUCCUUCUAUUUAGGAAAAAGGUUGAACCAGAGAGCUUUUAUCAGAGUGCAGUAGACAAGGUCCUACAGUUUCCAAACGGACAUCUUGACCUGUUCCUCCGCUUCCUCCUGGGACUUUCCCUGCAGACCAAUCAGAGUCUGCUACAAGGUCUGACAUCACACGGAGGAACUAACAUCAAAACCAACCAAGAGGCUGUCAGCUACAUCAAGAGCAAGAUCAACGAGGAACAUCUCGCUGUAGAGAAAAGCAUCAAUCUGUUCCACUGUCUGAAUGAACUCCAUGAUCAUUCUCUAGAGGAGGAGAUACAACAGUCUCUGAGAUCAGGAAGUCUCUCUACAGAUAAACUGUCGCCUGCACAGUGGUCCGCCCUGAUCUUCAUCUUACUGUCAUCAGAGAAAGAUCUCGACGUGUUUGACCUGAAGAAAUAUUCUGCUUCAGAGGAUUUUCUCCUUAAGCUGCUGCCGGUGGUCAAAGCUUCCAACCGAGCUAUACUGACUGGCUGUAACCUCACAGAGACGAGCUGCAAAGCUCUGGCCUCAGUUCUCAGCUCCCAGUCCUCCAGUCUGAGAGAACUGGACCUGAGUAACAACAACCUGCAGGAUUCAGGUGUGAAGCUUCUCUCUGCUGGACUGGCGAGUCCAAACUGCAAACUGGAGAUUCUUAGGCUAUCAGGCUGUCUCAUAUCAGAGGAAGGCUGCACUUCUCUGGCAUCGGCUCUGAGCUCCAACCCCUCACAUCUGAAAGAGUUGGACCUGCGCUACAAUCAUCCAGGAGAAGCAGGCUUGAGGCAGCUGUUGGCUGGACAGAAGGAUACACACUGGAGACUUGAAACUCUCAGGGUGGACCCUUAUGGAGAUCAAUGGUUGGUACCAGGUUUGACAAAGUAUUCCUGUCAACUCGAAAUCGACACAAACACCGUGAACAGCAAACUCAGACUGUCUGAAGGCAACAAGAAGGUUACACGUGUGGAAGAGGAACAGUUAUAUCCUGAUCAUCCUGACAGAUUUGAUGUCUGGCCACAAUUACUGUGUCAAAAUAAACUAGAGGACGGUCGUUUUUACUGGGAGGUUGAAUGUAAAGGAGAUGUUACUAUAUCUGCCAGUUACAGAAGAAUCAGGAGGAAGGGAACCAGUCAGGAUGUCGUGUUUGCAGUGAAUGAUCACUCAUGGAGUCUGACAUGUUCUAAUGAUGGUGGUUACUCUUACUGUCACAAUAAGAUACAAACACCCAUUUCUACCUCCUCAUCCUCCUUCUCCACCCACUCUCCUUCUUAUUUAUCCCCACUCUCCUACUUCUUUUCCUCUCCAUCCUCCUCAUCCUCUGUCUUGAACAGAGUAGCGGUGUAUGUGGACUAUCUUGCUGGCAUUGUGUCCUUCUACAGAGUCUCCUCAGAUACACUGAUUCACCUCCACACCUUCAACACCACAUUCACUGAGCCUCUUUAUCCUGGAUGUGGAUUGUGGUCUGAUUUCUCAGAGUUUCAGACCAUCUAAUUUCUUGUUUCUUAUCUUGUUUUUUUUCUGUUUGUCAUCAAAGCCUCACAGUGAAUUUCAGCAUGUUGUGUUUGCUGAAUGCAAACUGUAAAAUCAGA